AUGCUAUUAGAUUCCAAUCGGAAUUUGAAGCUGGCCGAUAUGGACCGGGCAGUCAGAAUCGGCGAAGAGAUUGCCGUGCUGACUGAGCCAUUCGGGUGGCUACUUAGCAAAGACGACGACGGCGACCCUGGCACCUAUGGCCUAGCAGGGGCUCGAACCGAGACAUUUGCCGUCGGCUCUAUCUACUACACCCUGUUACGUGGCCAUGAGCCGUACGAGACCGAGUCCUGGGGUAGAGACCACUUUGUCACACUGGCCGAAAAAUUCCAGUUCAGACAAUUUCCGCCCUUGACCAAUUCGGCCAGCGACGCCAUUGUGAGAAAGUGCUGA